UCCUAACCACUUACCCUUCUUAGCAAAUAUGUUCCAAUAAUUUACGAUUGUUUCAAAUACCGUUUCCCAGAUAAUGUCUCGACACCGUCCGCAAUGGCAGCUGCAGGCCAUGGCGGCUCAAAGACGGGACACCGAGCUCCGCAAGGCCGAGGAGCUGAAGAAAGUGGCCAACUACUUCGAGAACCACACCAACGCCUCCCGCCACCACGAGCAGUGGACCACUGAAGGCUACUAUGAGAAGGCUAAGAAGGAGGCCGAGCGGUUCAGUGAAAAUAAGAUUAGGGCUGCCAAACUGGAGGAGCGGCGCAAGAAGCUGGAGAUGAUGUUGUUUCAGGAGCACAUGCAGUACCAGCAGGAGCUGAAGACCCUCGCCGCGCAGCCCAAGCUGUACAGAAAUGGUUCCUACCUAAACGACGUACCAACAUCCACGCUAGAGCAGAUCAACCAGGGCAUCAUGGCUAAAGAAGAGUCUCUGCGGCGGCAGGAGGCCGAGCUGCGGCUGCACCACGCGUGGCGGCUCCAGCAGCCGGAGCUGAGGGCCGCACAGAGCUACAUAGCUAAUGGGAAACUCAAGUCUGCCUGGACACAACAAAUAGUAGAAAAGGAACUGCAGAAGAAGAAAGAGGAGGAGGAUACGCUGAAGAUAUUGAAGGAGAGAGACGAAGCGCUACGCAAUCAGAUAAAGGUGGAGGAGGAGAGACUGAAGGAGAAGGAGUUGCAAAUGAAGGAUCUCCGCAACAGUCUAGAAGGCCAAAUAGCCGAAAUGAGCGAGAAAGAGACAGUCGUCAACCAACUACGAAAACUAGAAGAGAAAGAACAAAUGAAACUCGAACAAUUAAAGUACUUGGCGUCAGAAAGAGAGAGACAACACGCUAAGCUCAAGGGCGAGAGAGAUGCCACUAUUGUGAACAUGGGACUACAUAAGUACAAGUUGAAACAGAAGGUUUUGGCGGUGAUGAAGGAAAUUGAGCUGGAUUUGGACGUCAUGCGCCAAAUACAGAAGGCUUUCUUGAAGGACUACGAAUCCGAGGUCUCCAAGUGUUCGAGCUACAAGCGCGUACUAGACGACGCGCUGAGCACGCUAGAGCAGUGCAGAGAGAGGGAGCGAGCGAGACAGAGCAACAUCGACGCCAUGUACGACGGCGAGGCGAGGCAGAUCAACGAGAAGCAGGACCGGAUGUGGGCUAAAGAGCGCGAGGCGCGCGCGUGCCUCAUGGCGGACGUGGUGGCCACGCUCGCGAGGCAAGUCCAGGAGCGGCUCGAGGCAAACCGCGCGAGGCAGCGGGAGAACGUUCUGGAACGAGAGAAGAUUCUGGAUGAUAUGGAGCGGUUCCAUAGUGAGGUGAAGAGCAAGGAGCGGGAGACUCAGCUCCAAAACUCAAAGUACAGCAGCAUAAACACCCUCCAAUCCCAGCUCAACGGGCUGCAACUCAAGAGGGAACAACUAGAAGCGGCGGUGUCCCACGAGGCCGACAUGAAGGCCGCCGCGGAGCUCGAGCGGACUCUGCGGCACGAGAUCGCAAGGGCUCAUAGAGAGGGGUCGGGGGGGUUGCCAAUAGGGAGACGGCAGGCUUGGGCGUAGGGGAGGAGUGUGGGUUGAUGGGACGGUUAGUUUGAGG